AUGAAAGGCCUGGAUCUGCUCCUGCUGGCAUGUUGUGUAUGCUGCCUGAGCACAUUGGGAGGUGCGUUGGAUGAAGAGAAGUCUCUGAUGGUGAAGCUCUUUACCAACUACAACCUAAAGGUUCGGCCAGCAUUGAGCCCCGAAAAUAGGGUGGUGGUUCGAGUGGGGAUGGUCCUCUCCUCCUUGGUUGGACUGAAUAUGAAGAGAGAAGAAAUGAGCACAGUUGUUGUCAUGAAUCUGGAAUGGAUGGAUUAUCGGUUGCGAUGGAAUCCCAACGAGCAUGAUGGGAUUAACGUGAUGCGAAUCCCCGCUGUGAAGGUUUGGCUGCCUGACAUGGUCCUCUUCAAUAAUAAUGAUGGAGUGUUCGAUGUGGCCCUGCAUGUCCAUGUCCAGGCGUAUUUCAAUGGCAGAGUAACAUGGACGCCCCCUGCCCUGUUCUGCAGCUCUUGUGGAGUUAAGGUUAAAUAUUUCCCGUUUGACUGGCAGAACUGCACCAUGCAAUUCCGCUCCUACACGUACGACUUCACAGAAAUCGACGUGCAGUAUGCGCUGGACUCAAAAGGGAUGGAGAUCAGGGAGAUCCAACUGGACGAGGCUUACACUGAGGGUGGCGAGUGGCAAAUCAUACACAGGCCGUGCAGGAGGAACAUGAACGACGAUGACUAUGAGGACAUGACCUUCUACCUCAUCCUGGAGAGGAAGCCUCUGUACUACGUUUUGAACAUCAUCCUCCCCUGCAUCCUCAUCACCAUCAUCGCCAUCUUCAACUUCUACCUGCCUCCUGACGCAGGAGAGAAGAUGGGUCUGUCCAUCAACGUGUUGCUCACCCUCACUGUGUUCCUGCUGCUGCUGGCUGAUAAGAUCCCUGAGACUUCACUGGGUGUCCCCAUCAUCGUCAACUACAUCAUGUUCACUAUGAUCCUGGUCACAUGUUCAGUCAUCCUCAGUGUGGUUGUCCUCAAUCUGCACCACCGCUCGGCCAACACCCACUGCAUGCCCAUGUGGAUCCGUAUGAUCUUCAUCCACAUUCUGCCUCCUGUCCUGUGCAUGCUUCGACCCAAAGUAGAGACCCCCCUGUCCCUGAAGACCCAACCCAAAAAAAGGAUUGUCACCAUCAGCAAGGUGGCUGAUGAAUACUUCAUUCGCAAGCCCGACUCCUCCAUCUUGUUCCCAAAACCACACAGGUAUAAUCCAGAGGGGAUGGUUACAGAUAUGAGAAAGUUCAUUGACGGCCCCAGUAGCUACCUGAGUCUACCCGAAGAGCUCAAGUCGGCCAUGGACGCCAUCACUUAUAUCGCUGAGGCCCUGCAGGCGGAGAAGGACAAUGAUGCUCUGAAGGAGGACUGGCAGUACGUGGCCAUGGUGGUGGACCGCAUGUUCCUCUGGAUCUUCGUCGUCAUCACCACCGUGGGGACUUUGGCCAUCUUCGCUACCGCAAGUUUUAACCACACGCCCACCGACCCCUUCAAAGCCCCCUGAGGCUGCAGGACAUUUGGUGUUCUUGAGCUCUUGAUUUACCACCUCAGCAAAUACAGAAGAACCAAUUUCAUGAAGUUUGCGAACAAUUUUGACACUCAUAAGUACAUGCACGACACUAGCCGAACUAGCAACAACACCUCAUCAAGCACUUUCAAUUUACUUUCUUUUAUCUGACUUGCUACCAAAGAUUACCUCAAGAUGUUCAUUUGCCUUUAGCUUAAAGAGU